UACCACAUGCAGUGAGAAAUACCUCCCUGAGAGCAGAUGGAAAAGCAGCGUAGAGCGUUGAUGCAGGUUGUGAAUAUCUGUGCUACUUUUAGUCGCUGCACACUACUCUCAUGUUUCCCUGCAUCUGCCAGAGCCCUGUCUGUGUUCCGAUGCACCGGGUGCCAAGGCUUAUGUACGAGCAGUUCCCACGCUUGCUCUUGGAAAGGCGUCCUGCGUGGUUCUGAUAUAUCUAGCACUCCUUCAAACUCACCGGGCUAAUUGUGCAAAAGAAGAAUAUUUGAAGUGCCGCUGUUGAACUGAUUCAUUGUCAUUUUCUUUCUCCAGCUCCUGAUACUCAGCCCUUCUCCACUUGAAGCCCUCGAGGCCGCCCCUCCAGGCUUUGAUGCCCACACUCUCUAGAGCAGGUGGACAGACGCAGGCAUGAGUGACAGUGGGACCAAAGAGCCGUCUCCCCCGCCGACCACUGACCAGUCGCCUCCUGAACCUCCGCGCAGGGGCAGGGGUCGGCCGAGGAAACAGCAGCAGGAGCCCGUUGGACCCCCGACUCCAAAGCGACCGCGAGGACGACCGAAAGGCAGCAAGAACAAAGGCCCCAAAAUUGCACCCAAGAAGAUAGAGCCGGUUGGGGAGAGACGACCACGCGGGCGACCCAGGAAAUGGCCUCAGAGAGUAGUUCAAGAAGUACCUGAAGAGCAGCAGGAUCCUUCAGGCGGCGCAGGGGAGGGCCCGUCGCAGCGCUCGUCAUCUCAGGACACGCCGCAGGAGGAAGGGGAGUAGACAUGUCACCUCUCGACCUACCUCAAGGUUCGGCCUCAAACAAACAGGGGUACCAUGUGACACCUAUCUGUGAUGGGGAUUCAGGAACACACACACAUAUACACACUCACACACAAUCAUUGCAGACCGUGGUUUGUUCUCAAAAGGAGAAAUCUACCCUGGAUUUGUCCGUUCUGUGUUUUAAAAAUUGAAGAAUUUAAUUGGAAAGGGCUUUUAUUAAUGUCUUAUUUAGUAGUUCUCACAUUAUGGGAAAUACGCUCCACCAAGGAAAAAGUUUCUCAAAAUAAGUGUACUUUUGGAACUAUUCCUUUUUAAGUAUGCCUUGCCUUCCUGAGCCUUUCAGCCUGUGUGUCUGUUUGAGUGUCUGAGUGUGUGCGUGUGUGUGUGUGUGUGUGUUUGUGUGUGUGUGUGUGUGUGACAGGUUCGCAGGCUAAAAUGAGCGGGAGGGUUAAGAAAGAAAAAAAAAAAAGGAACCAAACUGAACCCUUUUGUUGAAACGUGUUUCUGACUGGAGCGCCUUGAAACCUUGCGGGAAAUGGGAGCAAGGUGGUGACAUUUUGAAUAAUGUUACAAUAUGAACAUGUGCGCUGAAGUCAUUAUUAUGAAAGUAGACGUGAAAGGUGCUUUUUCCAAAAUGAAAUGUCCAACUUUGGAGGGAGAACAUGUCAAUGUAAGAAACGUAUUCAGAUCUUUAAUAACCUCAGUGAAAUGCAUUUUUUUUUCCUCCCAACCAGCAGCUAAUGUACGAAAAAAAGGAAAAUACCCAAAGAUUGAAAUGGGUAUUUCAUUUUUGAUCAACCUUUCAUGUUUACUUGAGUCAACAGCAGUGUUGACGCAUCAUUUUACCACACUCAGGAUUUCCCUAUUACAGUGCUUUUACACCAUAUUGAAACCUCAGGUAAAAAACUAUUCAGGAACAUGUCGUCAGUCUACUCAGUAAUAAUUAUUGUGCCGUGUUUGUUGUGCAUUUCUGAUCUGUAUUUGACAUAACCAGUAUGCCUUGACACAAAGACCUCAUUCAAACCUCAGUUACCCUCAGUUUCUUAAUCUCUCAUUCUACCUCAGCAUCACAAAAAACACAGAUGAUCUCCAGCAUAGUCAUUCUCCAUUCCCUCGACAGUGACACACACACACACACAAACACCCACACACACACACGCACAGGUUCAUGUGCAGAUAUACCAUAUAGACAGACAAAGGGUUUUCAGGGCUACACUCAAACAAACACACAGGGGUAGGGCUGGGUGUUACGGCCAAAAAUUACAUCAAGAUAAAAAAAUUCAUAUCAGUCCUUAUUGAUAAUUAUCAUGAUAUUUAUUGAUAUUGUUUCAUCACCCAGCCCUACACAGACGUUACACUGCAACAGUUGAUUUUACUCUCCGUGAAAAAAUCAGUGUCAAUACUUAAAAAAAAGGUACUUGUUAAAAGAUGGUGUGACACUUGCUUUGGUCUCCUGGGAAAUAAAAUGCAGCCAAUAGUUUACAACAACUUGAUGAAAUACUUGCUUUUUAGGGUGUAGUUCUGAAUGAAAUACUUGUUUUAUUUGUUGUGCGUUUGUUUUCUGGGUCUGAUUCUCUGAUAUUUCAAUUUUUACUACAUCAUGUAAUCUCAUACACUGUAACUUGUAUGUGUGACACUCUAUAAUUCAUGUGAUCUGGAAGGAAGGGCGGAAAAUAAAACCACGCUGACCUUGUAGGAAAAUAGCUUGAAAUGAAAUGAAUUCUGGGUAAUUAAUCAAUACUCAGCAUCGCAUCAGGAACCCUGUCUUUGUAUGACUGAUUUUUUUAGGGGGAAAAUGGACCCAAGUUGUACCUUUCUCUAUUUUCUGGCUGAUAAAACUAGGCCAUAACUUUUGUUGAACAGCUACAACAGUGGUCAGUGUGGCAGUGAUGGUUUAAAGCUAAAUGCUAACGUAUAAGUUAACAGGAGCAGGUGUGUCUUAAACAGCUUUGGUUGCCAUAGGCAAAAGGGGGGGGGGGGGCUACACAACUGUCAUUGCCGUGGACUAAUGUUAUCAGCUGUUCUCAGGGGCCUCGGUUCAGUGUGGGGCCCCGGGAAUUGUCUGCUUUGUGAACCCUAUUGCAACGCCCCUGUGCAAUAGCACAAGUAGAAUGUAGUAUGCUAACAGCUACCAAAAGUCACUGGUCUUACUAUAACAAGUGAUGAUACAGCAGAAAUAAUAUUGGAUUGAACUUAUGUCUUAUUGCUUGUCUUUUAUUGCUUAUCAAUUCAACGUAUUGCUUAUUAGUUCAAAAUUUCAUGUGUGGGUUUGAUUUCAAAAGUUAUUGCCUUGCUUUAAAAGGUCAGCUCACCCAAAUUAUGAGAACACAUUGGUGUCCGAACAUACAGGUUCUUUUUCAAGUUUGGUUUGGAUGUAUUGUGAUGGCCCUGAAAAUGGAAAUGUGGUCAUGGUCACACUGACCAUGACCACAUUUCCAUCACAGAACCAUUUACUUUCUAUAAAGACAGAGGACACAUCUCCACUUCCCCCCACUAUCCAGAAAUGAAGCCAAAUUCUAUUUGGAGCCAAAACCAAAUGAACAAACAUCUGUUUGAUAAGAACAAUCUCAAAUGAUUACAACCAUCUUUGAGAAAUGUUUAAUUGAUGUAAACUUUGACCUCUUAGUUUGGUCCAUAGCCCAUCGACUAACAUGGAGGAGAGAUAAUGCUGCUCUCCAGGCAGCCACCCGGGGGGCGAUCGACAUGCUUUGGCUUAACUUUUGCAGAGUCUGUCAUCCAUCUUUAUAGACAGUCUUUGGCGAGAACCCACACUUUAAGGUGAACUAAUUACAAAGAGUAGUACGUUUAAUGUGUAAUGAAUAGUAACAAUUCAGCAUUUAUUCUUAAUUUAGCAACUGAACAACUAGUCAUAUAGUAAUACUGGUAUAUUGGAGAGAUUUUUACGUGGAUUACCAAAAUGUUUUGUUUUUUGAUAAAGACGUUGACUCUUAUGUUUAAAAAAAAAAAUUGUUAUUGAGACUUGGUCAGACAAAUGAUCAGACAAAUGCAAGCACUUCAACUUCAUCAAAUUGAGUCCAGUGUCAUCAUGGGAGGACGUUACCCAGCAUGGACAACAUAUCACUUAGUAGUUAUUACGUGACUUGAAUAUCACCCUUCAUUUACUGUAUAUAUUAAGUGUUAAUUCACUUAAACUCACUUAUGAUAUCACUGAUGAUAUGUUGUAUCCCAUUAAUUUUAUGUAUUUCAGCAUUGUUUACUAAGUUGCUGCCGGAAGAACUCAUUUCAGUUACAGUUUUCUUGUUCAACUGCAUUGACAUUUACGUUUUAUUUUGUGUUUGCCGUCUGGACUACCUCUGAAAACAAACACGCCUGGGUCGUCUCUGAGGAAAUGUUUCCGUCAGGGCUGCAGGUGACGUGGAUGAAAUCUUGAACUAACUCUCAAACUAGUGCUGUCGUAGUCCACUCAUCUCAUCUCACUACGUCCAUGUCACCAUAAGUGAAUGGAAGUCAGCCUCUUCAUUUGAAUCACAGCCAAGUCAAUGUUUGUUAUUUUACACAAGCUGUGUUUGUAAGUUGCAACAAAGUAUGAGAGCCCCUUAAGGGGAAAAUGUCUGAGAAUCAAGUGAUAAGAUUAGAGGAGAAAAAAGUCAUAAUAUUAUAAGGAUUAAGUCAUAAUUUUAGACUUUUUUCAAAGAGGAAUAUCAAAAGAUCAGCCUCUCACUUGGGUUAAAAUGAGGAAGAAACAAUGAGAUUGGUUACAAAGAUUUUGGAGCAAGGAGUGGAACUCUCUUUUUUCUUUUUCUUUAAACAUCUUCAUUUUUUUCAUUUGAUUACAACUUAAUUCUUGUAAUAUUAUGACUAUUAACAAAAUCUCAAAUCCUUUUUCUUCAAUAUGGCUGUAAUACUUCGUCGUUGGAUAUUUACACUCAAUAUGGGGACAAUGGUUUUAUGUGAUCUUACUGAUAGUGAUAUUGUUAAAUACAGUACUUGAUCCAUUUUCAACUAUUGAAAGGUUGAAGUGUAACUUGAGCAAUCAUAUUGUAUGCCUUACUUUUAACACCAAUUUUGUAGUGAUAUUAUUGAUGUGUCCUCAUCCACUUCUUUAAUUGAACUCACAAACCUGUGAUAUAUAUUUUGUUAUGACUCUUU